AUGGAUUCACCAAUUCCUCCAAACGACAUAGGCCACCAACUCGCACUAUCGCCCACUCACUUUACAACAGAAAACCAAGCUAGCAGUCCAGAGAAGGCUCUUCCAAGCCCCGACUCUUCCUGCCACCUUUCUUGGGAAGACAGCCAGGACAGGAAUAGAGAUCAGACUACCACCACCAAAUGGCUACCAGAGCGCCUAACCCGACUGAUCCAGCUCGCAUCGCAAACCCCAGACAUUGCAGAAUCCGACUCGAAUGUUCUCCACGACUGCCUGGACACCAUAGAAUCGUUGCUACUGGAUCCGCGACCAAAUAUCACGCGGGAAAUCAUCCGAUGCCGUCCGUCGAGCCCUCACUCCAUGCCUAAACUUCAACCUCCAAGGCCCCAGCUUGUCUCUUCCUCUUCGGCUCUUACCUCUGAUCGGUCUAUGGCAUUCACUACUUCUCCAACUCAGACCUCAGAGAAAUCGCAACAUUCUCAACUAGAGGAACUCCGUGACGAUGUUGCGAUGCUUAGCGUUCAAUUGAAUCAGAGACGCAACGAAGCUUUCCAGAUCUACGGCCUACUUUCCCAAGAACGAGAAAAGCUAGCGAGUAAGAUUUCGGAGCUGGAAACUGAAAUCCGUGAAUUACGAACUGACAUGAUUGAGGAUCUGGCUGAGCGGGAAGCGCUCCAGGGAACAGUCUCUGGGUUGGAAUCUUGGAUUAGUGGGUGGCAGGCGCAACGCGACUUAGCGAUUAUGAAGCAACCAACGAAGCCCCCCCGACAAGGUGGGCGAACAUGGUGGGCUAAAAAUAAAACGAAUCAGCCUCAUGAGACCAAAACCGAUGCUUUACUUGAAGGCAUAACGGCGUGGAUGCGAGGAUGGAGAGAUGUCGAGGAAGGAUUUCGGAACCGAGAGGGUAAUCGCCAGCUGAAAAGAAAUGAAAGAUGGAGGAGCCGAACGACGGCCGGUGUAAUGUAA